AUGCUCUCCGGCAUCCUCAUCUUCAACCAAAAGGGCGAGAACCUCAUCUUCCGCGCCUUUCGCAACGACUGCCGCCCCCGCCUCGCCGAUGUCUUCCGCAUCCAGGUCAUCAGCAACUCGCAGGUGCGCUCGCCCAUCCUGACCCUGGGCAGCACCACCUUCAGCCAUGUCAAGCACGAGAACAUCUACCUGGUCGCCAUCACAAAGAGCAACGCCAAUGCCGCCCUCGUCUUCGAGUUCCUCUACCGCCUGAUCCAGCUCGGCCGCGGCUACUUCGGCAAGUUCGACGAGGAGGCCGUCAAGAACAACUUUGUCCUCGUCUACGAGCUGCUCGACGAGAUCAUCGACUUUGGCUACCCCCAGAACACUGAGACCGACACCCUCAAGAUGUACAUCACCACCGAGGGCGUCAAGUCCGAGAACAAGUUCGAGGACUCGGCAAAGAUCACAAUGCAGGCCACCGGCGCCCUCUCCUGGCGCAAGGCCGACGUCAAGUACCGCAAGAACGAGGCCUUUGUCGAUGUCAUCGAGGACGUCAACCUGCUCAUGUCCGCCACCGGCGCCGUCCUGCGCGCCGACGUCACCGGCCAGAUCAUCAUGCGCGCCUACCUGUCCGGCACACCCGAGUGCAAGUUCGGCCUCAACGACAGGCUGCUCCUCGACAACGACGGCCUGCUCAGCCUCCCCAGCGGCAACAGGAUGGGCACAAAGGCAACCAAGGCAGCGGCUGGUAGUGUCACCCUCGAGGAUUGCCAGUUCCACCAGUGCGUCAAGCUGGGCAAGUUCGACUCGGACCGCAUCAUCUCCUUCGUCCCUCCCGACGGCGAGUUCGAGCUCAUGCGCUACCGCGCCACCGAGAACAUCAACCUGCCCUUCAAGGUCCACGCCAUCGUCAACGAGGUCGGCAAGACCAAGGUCGAGUACAGCAUCGGCGUCAAGGCCAACUUUGGCACCAAGCUGUUCGCCACCAACGUCGUCGUCCGCAUCCCCACACCCCUGAACACGGCCAGGAUCACCGAGAGGUGUACACAGGGAAAGGCCAAGUACGAGCCCUCAGAAAACCAUAUCGUGUGGAAGAUUGGAAGGUUCACGGGCCAGAGCGAGUUCGUGCUGAGCGCCGAGGCCGAGCUCACCUCCAUGACCAACCAAAAAACAUGGAGCAGACCGCCCCUGAGCAUGAGCUUCAGCCUCCUGAUGUUCACCAGCAGCGGCCUGUUAGUCAGGUAUCUCAAGGUGUUUGAGAAGAGCAACUACAGCAGUGUGAAGUGGGUCAGGUACAUGACCAGGGCAGGGAGCUACGAGAUCAGGUGA